AUGCCCGUGGGGCCUGAAGGGACUUUGUGCGGCGAAGGAAGCCAUUGAGGGUUCGGUCGCAGUUUUCGGAGAUGCCGCCCAAGGGAAAGAGCGGUUCCAGGAAAGGGGGGAAAGGGGGAGCCGCCUCCGGGAGUGACAGUUCUGACAAGAAGGCCCAGGGUCCCAAAGGUGGUGGUAAUACAAUAAAGGUUAGACACAUUCUGUGUGAAAAACAUGGGAAAAUCAUGGAAGCCAUGGAAAAGUUAAAGUCUGGAAUGAGAUUCAAUGAAGUGGCCACACAGUAUAGUGAAGAUAAAGCCAGGCAAGGGGGCGACUUGGGUUGGAUGACCAGAGGUUCCAUGGUGGGACCAUUUCAAGAAGCAGCAUUUGCCUUGCCUGUAAGUGGGCCAGAUAAGCCUGUGUUUACCGACCCUCCAAUUAGGACAAAAUUUGGAUAUCAUAUUAUUAUGGUUGAAGGGAGAAAAUAAAAUGGUAUGAAAGACUGAA